UCACCACUCUUCAACGUGAAGUUAAGAAAUUAUAAGAGCCUGAAGAGGGAAUUUCGAACGAAUGAUGACAGUAUAAACAUAGAAUCCACACAGUGAUAAUGGACAACCAUACAUGUAUGACAGACUUUGUGAUACCAGUGUAUAAUUAUCUUGAUAGAUGUAUUGAUGAGCUAUAUCAAAACACUUCUUCGAACAGUCAACCAGUCUUAAAAUUCAGAAGAAAGUUUAAAACCAAACACAUUAAAAGUAGCAAUUGUAGUAAUGUUUGUAAUUCUGUGAAUAGUGGAAACACAAAUAAAGUUUCUGAAUUCAAUGGGAAAAAAUGUUUUUCAACUGAAAAUAGAAAUUUUGAAUAUGCAGAAAAUGGUAGUCUCUUGUCACAGGAUGUUUUGGUGGACAAGAAACAUAUUUCAAAUGAAAACAUAAAUUUUAAAAACUCAGAAAGUGGUAAACUGUUGUCACAGGCUGUGUGGAUGGACAGCAAACAGUUUGACCAGCAUAAAGAUUUACACAAACAAAAUAUUCAAAAGAACUUUAACAAUUCAUACUUACAGCAGUUUGCUUUGAAAAGAAAGUGCAGAAUAGGUAUUGUUGAAACUGAAAAGCUUAAAGGUGACCAUUCAUAUUCUGAAUUGAGCUCUAAGCCCAGGAUUGAACAUGAAAACCAUUUUUCUAGAUCUGAACAGGAAAGUUUCAGUGUUGCAGUUACAGAGGACAUUAUAGAUGAUGGUAAUGAUAAAAAUCAAUCAAUGAAUAAUGAGAAUCAUCUGAAGUCAUAUUUUGCACCACAUGGUUUAAAUCAGGCUGCCAACACUCAGCAAAAAGAUCCAGCUAGGCUGAAAGAAAAUGAUUUGAUUAAUUUGAGUUUUGACAUGUUGUUGGAAAAUGCCAGCAAACCCACCAAACUGCCAAAGUUUAAGUUCAGAUUGAAAAGUAAAUCAAGAAGUUUGCCUAUUUGUAAAGUUGACCAGGAUUUAAAAAAUACUGUUGGGCAAACUUGGCUAGAACCAAAAAGUUUGCCUAUCUGUAAGGUUGACCCGGCUUUUAAAAAUACCACAGAGCCAACACGAUUAGAAUCAAAAAGUUUACCUAUCUGGAAUGUUGGUGAGGCUGAAGAAAGUACUACAGAUUUAACACCGUCAAGUUCCAAAUGUUUACCCUUGUGGAAGGUUUGCCAGGCUGUUGAAAGUACUGCAGAGCCGAUAAUGUCAAAAUCUAGAAGUUUGCCUCUCUGUAAGGUUGACCGGACUGUUGAAAGUAAUACGCAGCAAUCAAUAAAAAAUUAUGAGAUCAUUGAUGUUCCAGGUCUAUGUGAGAAAGAAGAUAGUGACACAGGAAGUGAUAAAUCUGGGAUUACAUCUGCUAGACAAAGAAGGAAAGAUGAUAACUCACCAGACAUUCCAAGAAGGAAGUUAGACAGUAGAAAUAAUUCAAAACAUAAAAACCAUAAAGACAUGCAUAGAAUAUAUCAAGUAAGUAGGAAAGAAGAUUGUGAUUUAAACAGAAGAUGGAGAAACCUAUCAAAACAACAUGCAAUGAAAACAGAUCAACUUCAUAGCUCAAGACACAAUAUUAGACAUGAUAAAGAGUAUAGAGAAAAUCAUUCACACAGAAACAAGAAUCAUAAAGAGAAACCCAAACAUAGAAAAUAUGAUGUUAAAACAUCAGAAAAAUCACUACCAAGUGAAUUCACAACAAGAAUUGACAAAUAUUUCCAAUCAUGUGAAAGUGUUAGAAAAACAAGUGAAAAGGUUGUUUCUUUAGAAAAUAAAACAGACUGCAAUAAAAUAGAUAAACCAUUUCUCACACGACCAUAUUCUAAAAGUUCCAAAAAAGAAAAGGCCAGUCACAAAGAAAGCAGAAAUAGCAAUACAAAAUAUUCUUCAAAGUCUGGAAAAGUGAAAAUAGAUUUAAGAAAUAACAAUAACCUGAGCAAAUCAAAUGAUAAAUUGCAUGAUGAGAAGAGUAAGAAAAAGGGAAGUUUUGAAAAGUCACAUUUAUGUACAGACCAUAAGGAGAAAAAAUCAUAUGACAAGAAUUACCGUACAGAUAAACAAAGGAAGACUAGAGGAGCUGCAAAAAUUGUACUGGAACAACAAAAAAGGACGAAAGAAUUGACAACAAUUUAUCAGAACAUGCAAGAUAAAAUCUUACAAAAACAUUUAGAGGAUAUCAGUACAACUAAUAAUGUGUAUGAUUGCUUGCAUGUUAUGGAUGAAAAAGUGGAUUUAAUUUCCAGUGAAGAUGAUGUGUUACCAAAAUCACAAGCCACAGAAUGGUCCAAUGGGGAAAAACAAUACAGUUUAACAAACAAUAACCAAUCAAAACAUGGCUUUCAUUAUGGAGGAAUCUGGAAAUCAAUAACAAGAGAGAAAGUUUGAUUUAGAAAGGAAAAUAUGUACACAUUGAAAUGAAUUACAUGUACUCAUAUAUUAUUCUUUUAUUUAUACAAUUUAUAAAAGUUCAAAAAAUAUGUUAUGAUUGAGACCAGACUUGGAAUAAUCAUUUGAUAAAUAUCUGUGAAAGUUAAUACUUUUAUGGUAAUUUGAAAUUCAACAGGACUUCCUCACGGCAAAUAUCACAUUUCAAAAACUGACAUUUUGAAGUUUUUGGUGCACCCGACUUUGAUCUAUCAAUGUAAUGUUUUUGCAAUGUGAUUGGCUUUUUGUUGUGAUACUAUCACACUGUUGCUAAUUUUAUCUCAUAAUACUUAUAAGGAGAAUGUGAUAUAUACAUUUAUGUUAUUGUCUGUUAAACAUUUUACAAUUUCAUCAUUUUCUCUCAGUAAACUGUAAGGCAAAUUAGAACUUGACAGGGAUUGUGUGUUAAGUUCCAUUAGAAAAAAAAGAUUUAUAUGAAAACUUUGAAACAAUUAAAAUUUCAUGAAUUAUUUUUGAGAGUAUUGCUGAAUGUGAUUUGCUGCUUCAAAAAGCAGUUGAUGUUUGUAACAAAAAAGAAAAAAAUACUUCUUUUAGCUGUUGUUAAAUUAAGUUUCAUUCUUUGUUUAAUAAAAUUUCUGGUCAGUUUUA